AAAUGGGACAAGCUAUGCGCGUACAGGAAGGGUAUAUUACUAGUGCGAUAUGGCAAUCGUUGGCUAGAGUUUACCUAACAAGAUGGAAAGGGUUUAAACCUGACCAAAUGGUAGCCACAACAUGCGUCUUUGAAGGCACCGCAGAAGAAGUCCAAACAGAAAAGCAGCGUAUUUUCACACUCGCUACUACAUUUGGAGGUAUUCGAGCACCAGACGAGAAUGGGCAGUUCGGGUAUCGGCUAACAUUUGCAAUAGCAUAUCUUCGAGACUUGGCACUAGAUCUGAAUGUUAUUGGGGAGUCUUUUGAAACAUCCGUCCCAUGGUCGAAAGUAUUAAAUUUGUGUAAAAAUGUAAAGACGUUGCUAAUACAUGAAGCACGUAAAAGAGGAAUUGAACAACAUAUUCUUGCUACUUGCAGGGUAACCCAAGUAUAUGAUUCCGGUGUUUGCGUCUAUUUUUAUUACGCGUUUAAUUAUCGUAGAAUGGAUGUACUUAAAGCAUUGGAGAUAUAUGAACAUAUUGAGUCCGCAGCCCGAGACGAAAUUCUAGCUUGUGGAGGAAGCAUUUCCCACCACCACGGAAUUGGAAAAAUUCGAAAACGUUGGGUACCUACAACUAUUGGGCCUUUGGGUGUUUCAUUGAUGGAAUCUUUGCGUUCCCAAUUUGAUCCAGAAAAUUUAUUUAAUAGUGGAAAUCUUAUUGAAAAUUCUUCCUCCUCUCAAACUCUUCAAAUAUUAAAAAAUAAAAUUGAAGAGAAGGAGAAGAGUAAAUUGUGAAACCAAAAAAUUGUUAACUAAAAAGUAAAAGUAUUCUUUUAAAAUGUGUAUCGAACAAAUCAGUUAUAAAAAUGUUUAAAAAAUUAAUAGUAAAAUAUUUAUAAAAUUGUAGCGAGAUUUUUUUUUGAAAUUCGCAAAAAUUUGAUUUU